UUUCUACCCCCCUCCCUCCUACACACUCACACACAGGCCAUCUGACUGAGUCAAGCUCGGUUUUUAGUUUGUGGCAGAGUUGAGAUAAGACUUUCUGGGAAUCGUAGCCCGGUUGGACGGCAUUACAUUUAGAAAUAAUCAUGUGUGCUCAGAAGAUAGGACUUUAACACUUCUCUAGGAAACUCGGAUAUAUAAAGGCGGCAUUGUAAGAUGUCUGUGAUGGCUUCGUCUGCUCCCCGGUCGUCUGUGUUUACGUUUGAGUCUACAGUGCAUUCCUCCCAUGUGCUGCGCUGCCUGGACGAGCAGCGUCGCCGGGACACGGUGUGUGAUGUUACCGUGGUGGUGGAGGGCCACAGUUUAAGAGCCCACCGCUCAGUGCUCGCUUGCUGUAGCGAGUACUUCUCACACAGGAUCUCCUCCCUCACACAGCAUGGGGGGGUCAUCACUCUGCCACAAGAGGUGACAGUUUCUGGCUUUGAACCAUUGCUAAAUUUUGCCUACACAUCCAAACUUCUCUUCGGGAAAGACGAUGUCUUAGAAAUACGUAACUCAGCUUCAAUUCUUGGUUUCAGAGACCUAGACGAGUCAUGCUUUGAUUUUCUCCUCCCCAAGUUCUUCUCCAGCAAUGACUCCGCCCCUGUCCUCAGAAAGAUCUGUUGUAAGGAGAAAUAUAAGAGAAGAUUGUUGAAGGAAGACAUUCACUCUGACAAUGUUUUGUUGGAUGACAAAGAAGUAAAACCAGUUGCUGACUCACCAUCUACGCAGGAAGUGGCUUGGCACUGUAACAAAUCAGUGAACAACAAAAUGGGAAGUCUGAACAGUGAGGGCACUCUUACACCUGUAGCUGAAGGGACAAACAAUGGCUUCAUGCAGUGUCCAAAGUAUCGCAAGCUCCAGCUAGCUUGUGGUAUGGAAACGUGUGUCACAGAUAAAAGUCUGAACAACCCUACCACAGUUAUCAGGGAUGACUGUGACCUCGCCUGCUCGCCCUCCUCCAGCAGUGCGAAAAGCAAGAAUGAAACUGAUGUUGAAUUCCCUCAUAUUUCAAUCUCCAAUUCCUCUACACAGAGCAAAGGAGGGGCUGAUGAGCCAUGGAAAAAUGAAAAACAUGACAAGAAAAAAGAGAAUGGUGGGGGCAGAGGCCAGGUUGAUGUGAUGGAGAAAGACAAACAUGAAAGGCAACAGAAAUGGAUUAAGAAGGAAAGAGAGAUGAAUGUGGAGGAAGAGAUAUGCUCUUCAGACAGAUUCACUGUCAAGGAAGUCUCUUCAGGGUCAAGCACAGUGCUGGGCGAGAAGUCAUCAGGGUUAAUAUUGAACCAUUGCCCCCUGAAGACCUUUGGGGAAGGCCCUGUAAUCAAUCUGUCACAGUGGCACAAGAGGUUCGACAUGGACAUUACAGAGGGUAAGCAAACAGUUUCCAUUCACCAACAGGUGGAAGCAAAGGGAAAAAUGGCAGACGAUGACAUAUAUUCGGGCUGGCAAGAUAGAGGCAGCAUGGAGAGAGUGUCCCUGUCAGUAGAUAAUGCCAAAGAAAGGAGCACAGAGGAAAGGGAGGUAGCCGAGCACCUGGCAAGGCGGCUGGGUUCCGACGUGGACCCAGAUGCAGGAAGUGCCUCUGAUACAGGGAGCGGACAGGCACAAAGCACAUCUAUAGAUUGGAUGAAGUUCCACAAAAUCAGCGCCACAAGCACCAACUGUUUCCUUUUCCAGGAUCUGGAACAAGGCACAUGUUUAUGGAAGGGAGCAGAGCUGUCUGAGUGCGAGGGGGCCUCUCAGUCAGGUGUGUCAUCCUUCAACUCAGGGGAGGAUGGAGAGUGGGAGACAGAAACAGAAGGAGACAGUGAGUCCUAUGCAAGGGAGCGGGCCAGACAGGUGCAGUUGCCAUUUUCUGUUGAGUGGAUUGUUGAUCUGAGCAGGAAUGACUUCCAGCAACUGCUGAAGCAACAGGUCUUUACCCGAGAACAGCUGGAUUUUGUCCACGAUAUGAGACGCCGCAGCAAAAACCGCCUUGCAGCUCAGCGUUGCCGCAAGAGAAAACUAGACUGCAUAUAUAAUCUGCAGUGUGAAAUCAACAAACUGAAGACAGAGAGGGAGAAACUGAUGUCAGAGAAGAGCCAUCUGAGCCAGCUGAAAUCGAAAGCAUGUCACAAUGUCUCCACAUUAUGCCAGAGGGUCUGCAACGAAGCCAACCUGCAGCCAGAGCAGAUCCAGGUGUUAGCCAAAUACAGUUCCCCGGACUGCCCUCUGUCCUCUUUCUCUACUCACAUAGACACACUCUUCUCACAGCCCGGGUUGCUACCCCAGCCUCAUGAUGGGUAUAUGGCGUCUGAGGAGGCUUCCAGCUCCAGAAAGGAUACAGUCACCAGAGAUGGGCAACAUUCGCUUUAGAUACAAAGAAUAGGGUUGAUUAUGAUGUCAAACUAGUUAUUCAAUGAGUUUAAUUGCGUGGUCAGGAAUGCAUUCCAGGUGUCCAAAACCAUUCAUUUUACUUUUACACCAAUUAUAAGUCUGAUUACCUUGUGUAGCAAAUGUUUCACCCUUGGCAAACCUCUUAUCAGAGUUUGUUUUCGGGUGAAAGUCGAAAGGUACCUGCUCACAAAUAAACCCAGCCAGGGUGCAUGUUGAUAAUGUUAAAAUCUUAGAACAAAAUGUUAAUCAUAAUGAAAGGGAACAAUGGUCUCUGUAUUUAUAAUGUGCUUCACUGCUUCAUUAUCUCAGGAAAUUGCACUUCAUCCUGAUACAUAAUUAUUUCCUUUCUUAAAACUCUAAAACGUUUUAUACCGAUUCUCAGGUGUUAAUAGGAAAACUCAGCAAACAAUACCUCUAACAGACAGUGUGGGGUAUGCCCUCUCUAUGGAGAGAGCAACACAAAACAAGAUUUUGCACAAAGAACAGACCAUUGUUAUUGUGGUUGUUCAACCACAGUGACAUGGCUCUUUUAGGUUGCACACAGCAUGGACUCACUAAAACAAACCUCUUAAUGUGCGUAGGUGUGUUCAAAGCUGUCUAAAGAAAGUGCACCUUAGUAGAACUUUAUAUACAAACAAAAAAACACUUUCAGGAGAAAAGCUGCCUCACUCUUUCUGAUGAAAAGCAUUCCCAUCAUUCUUCCCACAUUUCCAGUUUGUCCUGAAUUGUGGCAGGAUUGUGACCAUAUUUAAAUAACUCUCCAGGUCAAUUUAGCAUUAACUUGUUGAUGCAUGAAGUAUGAGCAUAUUUAAAAGCACAAUUAUUUCUUUUAGUUUUUUUGCAUUCCAUUCAUUACUCAGGCUUUCUGUUGACUUUGACCUUUGACCUAUUUUCUCCCUGCUUAUAGUAGAUAUAUGACACUCAGGAUUAUGUACAGAAAACCAGCUACACAACUUCCUCGUGAUCUAAUUUCACUGUAUUUUAUGUAAAUAUGUUUAUUUUGUAUUUUUGUAUUCUUGAUCUCAUUUACAGUGCGUGUGGCUUCAAAAUGAUUUGUCGCUAAAAAAAAAAAAAUUGUAAGAAUGAUGUUUAGGGUACAUUGUUUUUAUAAGGAAAUUCUGACUAACAACACUGUCUUUUUGAGGACAGUUGUGUUUGAGGGUGUUAAAUCUCCACAAAAGAAUGUUUUGUUUUCUUCUCACACCAAUCCGACUGCAGACGCUGGUGCUUAUUGCCCUCUAGUGGCAGUUUUGGUACAGUCAACAUAUUGUUACAGUAAGACGUUUCAUUUAUUUUAAUUGCACAAAAAAGGACUUUAUUUUCAAUGACAAUGUCAAAAAGGCUUCCUUUUUUUUCAGAAACAAAACCAAUCAACAAUAAAACAGUUAAUGAUGUUA